CCGUAGCAAGCUAAAAUUUGCCCAUUUAAACUCUCCCUUCUCAUUCUAAUCAUUCUCUUGCUGCAAAGUACUUGUAUAUGUAAUAAGGUAGCAGACUGCCGAAAACAAAUAACCAAAACCACAUGAUUAGCCUAACAUUGAAUCUCUAUCAUAGAUCAAUUGAAAGGUGGGGGGUGGCGGCCAUGGCGAGUAGUACACCUGCCGCGGCUCUGCCGAUACCAACGACGAUAAUGACUCGUGAUGACGAAAACAGCUCAAGCUAUAUUUUGGUGGUGUAGUAUGAAUGCCCACGGGACUUUUACUUCCAAUCUUGAAUGACUUUUGCCAACUAUCAUAUAAUACCAUAUAUCGCCAAAUUUCAACAGUUCGAUUUCGGAAAGUGAUUAUCGUGGUCGGUUAAUCCUGAUAUCUGUCUAUCACUUACAAAACAGUACUUGAGGCCUGGAAACAAGUCUUCAUUCUUCCAUCACUCGUUUAUAACCCCAUACACCUAGCUCCCAGUCAGCCACAUGGUUUAUCAUGACCCAAGGACUGUUCAUACCCCCCUGGUUCCAUGAGCAGGAGACCAACACCUUCGAGACAAAUGUCGCGAGCAUUUUCUGGGGGAUGACCCUGGCGGCGACCGUGUUUUCUGCCACGAAGGCGGCGCGUUGGACCCGAGUUACCUGGAAGCGCGUCCAUCGGUUUACGCCGUACCUGAUGAUGAUAUGGGGAGAGGUAUUGACUUGCUCGAUCAUGGGUGUCCUCUGUUGGCUGUAUACGUACAAUAUUCUCCAAACAAGUUUUUGGAUUCUCUUUAUGUUCGUGUUUCUUUGGUCCAUCCAGAUACAACUUCUAUUACAGAUAUUGGUGGCGCGUGUCGGCCUCCUUUUAUUCAUCAAAAGCCACGCCACAAGGUUGAAAUGGGCGGUCUUCGCAUUCGUGCUCGUCAUCAACAUCUCGGUAUUCAUCGUCUGGAUACCCGCAAACCUCCAGAUAUCAGCUCUCUGGAUUGAGACCAAUCGCGUCUGGAUCAGGACUCAGAAGGCGUUGAUUACCGUUGUUGACGUGCUGCUCAACUCCUGCUUCAUCUAUCUUACGCGGACGAGUCUGAUCUCCGAAGGUUUAGCAAAAUACACAACAUUAUAUUGGUUUAACAUAUUCUCGGUGUUUAUAUCCAUAUCUCUCGACUUUAUUCUGAUUGGAUUGAUGUCUCUUCCCGCCAGACCUGUAUAUCAACAGUUCCAGUCGCUUGCCUUCCUGGUCAAACUUAACAUUGAGAUGAAUAUCGGUGAGAUGAUCUGCAAGGUCGUCCGCGCUUCCAACGAUGAGUGUUGCGAUCACCAAUCAUGCACUGCCAGCCAACAGAGCUGUCGCCGGACAUCGACAAAAUGCAACCGAACUACGCGAUCCGCGAGCUAUUCCACCCAGGAUUCGAUGGAGGUGUCCAUACCUACAUGUUCGAACAUCACUGGCCAGCAGUUGGAGAUGGACGUUGAGAGAGGCGAAAGAGUGACUCCGGUUCAUCCUGGAUUACCGCCAUCUCCGCCGAGGAGAUCUGAAUCUCUGACCGCGGAAAGCCGUCCGGAAAUUAUUGCCGAGGAAGAUACUACUAACGAAUUUAUGAACGAAUAUAGAUUUCCGCGAAUGCGACUCAAUAGCCAGUUUCGCUCUAUAGGUUGGAACAACAAUAACAGCAAUCAACGUUCACCACGAGCUUCAAGAGGAAAUUAGAUUAUUAAAUACAAGAAAUCUUAUCAUAUUGUAUAUUGUACAUUAUAUAUUGUAUAUUUAUUACGUCUACAAUAUAUUAUAAUAUUUACCGUAACCUACCUACAGUUGAUC